AUGUCGAGAAGAAGCUCUGCCGCCCCCAGCCCAGCUGGCAGUGAAGGCGCCAACGCCGACUCAAGCAGAAAGGACCGCGUGCAAGACAAGCAGAAAAUGCUGCUCUCGGCUGAUGCGGGCCAUUUCAGCUUGGUCAGAGCAUUGCACCUGGCGGACCUUGUUACGGAAUUGAAUGUCAUGUCCGUCUUCUCGUCGAUGCGAUAUUGUCUCGGCGACCCGACAGAGUACAGAGAUCUAUGGAUAGCGCUAUCAUUUAUGCCCUUUGGCCUCUUCUUCGACUUCAUGGACGGCAAAAUCGCCCGAUGGCGGGAAAAGUCAUCACUGAUGGGCCAAGAGCUCGAUUCGCUAGCUGAUCUGAUCUCCUUCGGCGUUGCACCGGCUGCCACCGCCUUCGCAAUCGGCAUGCGCACUCCUCUCGACCAUGUAUUUCUCACCUUCUUCGUGCUGUGCGGCCUUACCCGCCUUGCCCGCUUCAACGUCACCGUGGCCACGCUCCCGAAGGACGGAUCAGGAAAAUCACAAUAUUUUGAAGGCACGCCGAUCCCGACGACGUUGGGGAUUGUGGCGCUGAUGGCGUAUUGGGUGUCGCAGGAUUGGAUUUUGGAGGAGAUACCGUUCGGCGUAAUGGGGGCUGGCUCUAUGCUGGAAUUCCACCCGGCUGUUGCCCUGUUCGCUAUACAUGGUUGCUUGAUGGUGAGCAGGACGAUACAUAUUCCCAAGCCUUAA